AUGGAUGUCGCAGCCGCGGACGAGGACAGCUGGGAGUGGAUAACGAGCAGCACCUCCGACGAGAACAGCGACAGUGUCGAUGUCGACAGCGAGUACGAGCACAUGGAGGCGUUGCGACUCAAAAUGGUCUUCGUCGUGCGCAGCGAAGUGGAGCUGAAUAUUACUGCACAGGAAGUGGUGGUGUUUACAGCGUCAGCUGGCAUUCAGUUAGUCGAGCUCCUUCAGCAAGAGACAAACCUGAGCGCGGCGCCGAGUACAUCCGCAUCCUUGUCGGUGGGCGUAGCGGGCUUGCAGGAUCAUCAGCGCUGGCGUCAUUGGUACCUGUGGUGGAAUCGCAUUGGUUGUGGCAAAGUUACGCUCAAGUGCCCCAACAAAGACACGAUGGAACGCAUCAUUGCUACCGCACAGAAGCACCGAUUGCCAAUGGUGCAGGUCCGGCACUCUGAGAUAGCGGUACCCGGAGCUGCGCAGACCACAACGGUGCCAAAAACAUCUGACGUUGUUGUCGUGGCGCUGGGUCCAGCCCCGUCGGAUGUGCUCGAGCCGAUCACGGGCUCAUUGAAACUCUAUUCGUAG